AUGAGAAGAUGUGGCCCAACACCAGCUUUGACUAUCUUCGUCGCUUACGCUCCAACAUCAAGCUACAAAGAAGAAGAAGUCGAAGCUUUCUAUAUGGACCUGGAGAAGUUCUACCGAGAAGACCAUGCCUUCUACAAGGUCAUAAUUGGCGAUUUCAACGCCAAGGUUGGCCCAAGAAGAACGCCGGAAGAACUUCACAUCGGGACCCACGGCCUACAAUGGAAUGAUAAGGGGCAGAGGCUCUCCGAGUUCAUCAUGACGACUAAGACCAUCCAUGGGAACUCGCAAUUCCAGAAGCCCUCCUCUCUACGCUGGACGUGGGAGUCACCCGGUGGAGGGUAUCGUAAUGAAAUAGACCACAUCAUCGUCAAUAAAAGGUUCUGCCUGACGGACGUCGGUGUUGUAACAAAGUUCUGUACGGGAUCGGACCAUCGCCUCCUCCGAGGAAGAUUUUUCUUCACAAGGAGAGCAGAGAAAGCCGCCAAGUUCAGAGAGAGAAUUCCCAGGACUACCAUCAACUGGGAUCUCUUCGCUACGCUAGCCGGCUUUUGGGAAGAUUCCGCAAUGGACAACAUCGACGAGGAAUAUGACCGGUUUGUUGAACACCUUCACGACUGCGCGAAGAAGGGUGAGAGUUUUAAAACCACCAAGAGACGAAUGUCUCUUGAAAUUCUUGAGCUAAUACUCCAGCGUGGGGCAGCACGAGCCGCAGGGAACCAAGAACUCACGUCCGAGCUCGCAAGGCUUUGCAGAGAGGCGAUAAAGGAAGAUCUUAAAGAGAGAAGAGCAGAAGAGGAGAAGCUGCAGAGGCGAGGAAAAGCAUCCGCUAUGCCCGUCGAGACUUCGCCAGUCGCAAAACAAGGAUGA